AGUACAGCCCUGCUCACGUGGAUGCCGUCUCUGUGGUUGCUACUCUGAGCUCAGACCUUUGUGUCUCUGGAGGAAAAGACAAGGGCUCCAAGUUUGAAGACUGGAGUUUGAGGCCCAGCUCUGCCACUUCCUAUUACUGUAGGCAAGUCUAUGUUUUCUGACCUCCGAUUUCUUAGUCUGUUACAUGGGUAAACAGUAACGCCCGUGUUCUAGGACAGUGUGAGGAUUCAACGAGAACCUCACCCGAUGCCAGGCCAUCUACAUGCUUUUGUAAGUGGGGGACUUAUAUUCCACCCACCUCAUUCUUAACAGUAGGACUCAGACUAUGGAAUCAGCAAAAAAUUUUCUGGUUGCUUUAUGUUUCAUUUUCAAAAAUUCACACUGGUUUUCACUACCUUUAUAUUUUGGUCUUUCCUGUUGCCAUCAUCCUGGACUUAACUGCUUUCUAUCCCUACAUUAAGAGCUGUCUUGUCAUUCACUGCUGGCAGCUGCAGCUGCAGUACACUGCUGAUUCUUCCUUGAAGGAAACACUACUAAUAAUGUCCUUAUUCCCAGUAGACUUUCAGGAUCACUCAAUUUCAUUUGCAAAUUGUAUUUCAAAUUUGUAAGAUGCAUUUACCUUGGAUGUUAUUGCUUCAAAUCAGGAUACAUUUGAGUAUCAAUACUUAAUUAGUAAUGUGAUGUCUCUCUCUCUUUUGUUUUUUGAGACAGGGUUUCUCUGUGUGUAUUCCUGGCUGUUCUGGAACUUGAUCUGUACACGAGGCUGGCCUCGAACUCAUAGAGAUCCACCUGCCUCUGCUUCCUGAAUACUAGAAUUAAAGGCGUGUGCCACCACCACCCAGCAGCAAUGUCUUGUCUUGAUGUCUAUAUUAUUUUAGAUCUAAGAAAUUGUCUUGAGUUAUGGGGUCCCUUCUAACAGCUGUGAGAAGGCAGAAGGGCAAGGAGCAGCUCCUCUGUUCUAAAGACUGGGGAGCUGAUAGGUCAGGUGUCACAGCAAGUGACUGGAGCCGUGAAGAGCUUGCUCCCCUCUCUGUAGCAGACACUCAGCAAGGAAAUGCUUUAAACUUCUGCUCAGGAGCCGGCGUGGUGGUGCCACCUGUAAUCCCAUGUCUCUGCAGACUGCUGUUGCCUAUAAUUGGAAAACUGGACAUGUGGUGAAAAGGUUCAGAGGGCAUGAGCGGGAAAUCACUAAGCAGAUAGCCUGUAUUCCCAAAUCAAACCAGUUUUUCAGCGCCUCUCGAGACAAGAGUGUCCUGAUGUGGGACCUGCAGGGCUCCUCCCAGCCUAGGCAGGAGCUGUCUGGCCAUGCCUUGGUUGUCACUGGCUUGGCUGUGAGUCCAGACUCAUCACAGCUGUGCACCGGCUCUCGGGACAACAACCUGCUUCUGUGGGAUGUGGGGACUGGACAGUGUGUGCGGAGAGCGUCUGUCUCCAGGAACCUGGUCACUCACCUGUGCUGGGUCCCCAGAGAGCCAUACGUUCUCCAGUCCUCUGAGGAUAAGACCAUCAGGGCUGGAUUCCCUUCACUCCUGUGUGCCACUGGGACUCUGACUGGAGCUUAUGGGAACAGAGUGAAUGGUCCUACUCGGAGCAGUCUGAAGCAGCUGACCUCACUAGUUCCAGUGUGUGACUUGUUCAGAUCAGCCUCGACCCCACCUGUUCCCUGGUCCUACUGUCAUGCCCUACAUGAUUCUUGGGAUUUCCAGGCACCUAGCCAGAGCCUUCCUGGGAAAGAAGGAUUAUGGGAUAGUCGGGGGCUUCAGGUGGCUCAUGUGUUUCCCACAAAGCAACACAUCCAGACCCACUGUGAAGUCAGCGUGGAUGGACACACAUGUAUCUCUUGCAGCAGCGGCUUUGGGGGUGAAGGCUGUGAAGCCACGUUGUGGGACCUAAGGCAGACAAGAGACAGAAUAUGUGAGUAUAAGGGGCACUUCCAGACAGUUGCAUCCUGUGUCUUUCUACCAAAAUCCAUGGCCUUGAUGCCUAUGAUUGCUACCUCAGCACAUGACUCCACAGUGAAGAUUUGGAACCAAGAUACUGGAGCCUGCCUUUUCACCUUGUCUCUGGAUGGAUCAGGACCCUUGACCUCCCUGGCUGUUGGUGACAUCACCUCCUUGUUAUGUGCAAGUUUCUACAGAGGGGUUCACAUACUCAGCGUGGACUGCAGCCAAGAGCUGGCGCUGCAGGAAGUGGCAACCUUCUAAGGCCAAGACCCUGACUGGACAACAUCAGACCAUAGCCCUCCUUUCUCUGUGGCUUUGUGUUUUUGCGCAUGAUCUUGGGGAGUGGGGUUCUUUUCUUACGGUCACUUAAAAGGCAUAUCUGGGUUAGAUGUUGAUUUAAGUCCAGUGAUUACAAAGUCAGAGUGUGGUCCAGGCUGGUCCUGAACUCAUAACCCCAGUCUCCUGACUGUUGGCAUUAAAGGUGUGAAACUGCACACCCAAGAAAAUUCAGGUCUAGAAACAUGGACUCAAUAUAAAGUUCUUAAUCUCAAGGAAAUCCAAAUGGAAUUUUUAUCCAAAUGUGAGCUUUUGGGACUACUCUUCAAAAGAAAUGUACUUAUUGCUCAAGAUGAUGGCUGGGACCUAAGAGUGAUAAGCCUCUGUGAGCAGGAAAACGCGGGCUGGCGUCUCCAUGAAGGACAAUGUUUCGAGACAAAUCUAGUUGGUAAUAGUGUUGUUCCAUAGAGGAAGUGGAUGGCAGACAGUGAGGUUAAACGCAGUCACCUCAAAGCCACUUAGGGUAAGAGAGCAAAGGCAUCUAACCAGGGGGCAAUGUGAACAAGAACAAGGACACUGCCCCAAAUUACAGGAAUUAUUAAGUCUGCCCCAUGCACCAAAAGGCAGAGGGGAUGGGAGACUAAGGCUAAGAAAUAUGCAUCUGUAAUUUGGGUAUUUUUAUUUAUAUAAGAAACACUGUACACCCGCAUGCUCCCUACCUCUCACCCCUGGGAACGACCAGAGGCAAAGGAGUCACCUCUGGAACACAGAGAGAUGGAUUCAACUGAGUCCGGCAACCGCGCACCCUUCAGUGAGGAGGGGCCAGGCCACUGUGCAGCUCCCACAAGUCCAAUCCUCGGCUUGGAGCUCAGAAGUCCAUUUUGCUUUGGAUGAGUCCUAAAAUAAGGCACCCAAGGCCUGACCAGAGAAUGGCCACCUGUGUAACUGUGGAUCAUGCCUGUCCAUAGUUCAGAGCUGGCUGCCAUUUCCUCUCUGCCUCCUGUUGUCCCCAGGGUCAGGGGGUUCCUCACUUGUGAUAUGGUACUCAGAACCAUACCUCCCUCAUAGGGCUGUUCCUGAGGGCAAGCUGCAAAGGAGUCAGGCAGUAUCCUGUCUAGACUGAAUGAUCCUUCACAAUAAACAUUUGCCUUCCUUCA